AUGUCCCCGCCUCCUCCUGCGUCGCCGGGUCGCCGAGCCCCGCCGGCGCUACGGUUGACGGAGGAACCACCGCUGCCGUUCGCUCUGCUGCCUCCGAAGAAGCGGUGGGCGUGGCUCUGGCGGAACCAGUCCGAAGCCACCGACCCCGUCCCCACUCACACACCAGUCCUGUCCCAGAUCCACGCGACCCCAGCAGCUGCAGGCGCCGCCACCACCAAUCCCCUAGCCGCUCCAGCGCUUCUAGCUGAUGCAGCAGCCUCGUCACCUGCCGCGGGCCAGAAGCGCUCCUCCCCGCUGCCGCCUCUGUCCGGGGAUCACAAACUCCACGCGCCGCCGCCGCCAGACGCGGACGGGAAGCCGUCGACUCCACCGCCGUGCAAAAGGGAGCGCAAGGUCCUGAGGAGGGUGCGCAAGGUCGUGAGGAAGAUGGUCCCCAAGGGGACGUCGUCUGCCGCCGCUCGAAAGGAAACCAUUGCGGCCGACGCAGCAGCUUGGGCCGCCGGAGCGUCACAGUUGCAGGCGGUGGAUGAGGCGGUGACGGUGGCGGAAGAGGAGCUGGAACCCGGAGAAUUUAUACCUGAGAAGACCGCCAACGAUUGCAAUAAUUCAGAUGCUGCACGUCAGCCGUUGCUGGGUGAGGAGGAGGCAGCGGGGGAAGAAGCAGCCGUCGUCGCCGGUGAGCCUGAGGCGGCGGAGAAGAAGCUAGUGAGCAGCAACCAGGGUGAGGAGAGGGGGGUGACGACUGGGCGGCAGAACAGGAUGAGGGAGGUGUUCGUCGGCGCGCUCCACACGGACGCAAAGGAGGAGGACGUCCGGGCGGCGCUUGCGGAGGCCGGCGAGAUCACCGAGGUCCGGAUGAUCAUGGAUGCAGGGACGACGACCAAGAACAGGGGCUACUGCUUCGUGCGCUACCGUGAGCCCGCGCAGGCGAGGAAGGCCAUUCAGGAGCUCGGCAGCGUCAAGAUUUGUGGGAAACCAUGCCGAAUUCAAGCUCUGGAAGGCAAUACUGGCAAAGCAAAGAUAGCUCAAAGAGAUCCUUUUGAAGAUUAUACCCGCAACCCUCGUGCUAGGAGCGGGAGUAAUGCAUAUGCUAUGGAAACUUCAAGAUCAGGCAAUCUGGUUCUAACAGACCAGGGCAGCCACAUGGAAGCAGACGUUAACAUAAAAGGCCUACUGCAUUCAAAGAUACUCUGUGACUUGGGAGGUAGAAGACUUGCAAAUAAAGAGUCGGAGUUCUAG